AUGCAUGAAGAAGCUAUCACAACUACCGCGGCAUCAUCAAAAAUAGCAGCAGGCAGCAAUGAUAUUAUUGCUCAUACAAAUAAUUCACACCAAAGUAAUGAUAAUGCAAAUAGUACGACGACUAUAUCGAUAGUCCAUCAUUAUCAGCGGGCUAAUAGCUCGGCUACGGCUACAGUCAUUGAAAGCUAUGAUGCAACAGACAGUUGCUCAUCUGCAGCUACAACAACAUUCUCAAACCAAAUAAUUCAACCCCAAACGAAAAUUAUUCUCAAUAAUAUUAAUGAAAUUAAAAGUAGUAAUUGCCCGGAGGAUGAAGUCGAGGAAGAAGUUUCAUCAUUAAUUUUAAACAGUAUCGCUACGAAUCCAAAUGUUUCGAAUGUCUUGAUUGUUGGUACAAAUGCAUGUGAUAAUUCCACAAAAGAUGAGUUAAAUCUCAGUGAUUUGACGCAUGCUGAACAAAUGGAAUUGGAAAUUAAUGAAAUUCAAGCUGAUGCAAAUGAUAAAACCGCAUCAGCAGAAGGUUAUCACGGUGAUAAUAAUUCGGCUAAUAAUCAACAAAAUUAUAUAUCACUCCUACCAACAGUCGGCAAUGGAAUUGCCUCAUGUGAUCAGACAGAUCUUCGUGAUCUAAUCGAAGAGAGUUGUCCUGUGUGCGGUGAUAAAGUGUCAGGAUAUCAUUAUGGCUUGCUCACAUGUGAGUCGUGCAAAGGAUUUUUCAAACGCACUGUACAGAAUAAGAAAGUUUAUACAUGUGUUGCCGAAAGAAGUUGUCAUAUUGAUAAAACACAAAGGAAACGCUGUCCUUAUUGCCGGUUUCAAAAGUGCUUGGAAGUUGGAAUGAAACUUGAAGCUGUAAGAGCCGAUAGAAUGCGUGGCGGUAGAAAUAAGUUUGGUCCAAUGUACAAGCGAGAUCGAGCAAGGAAACUGCAAAUAUUGAGGCAGCGUCAAUUAGCAUUACAAGCCUUACGUGGCUCAAUAAGUGGAACUUCUUCAAAUACAGGACCAUUAAGCGAAGGCGCUCAAUCACAAUUAUCACCAUCAAAUUAUCCACCGUACACUAAUAUGCACAUUAAACAAGAAAUUCAAAUACCACAGGUAUCAUCACUUACAUCCUCACCCGAUUCAUCUCCAAGCCCUCUUUUAGGACACAUUAACAUUAGUCAAAAUCACGCUCCUUCAACAACGUUACCCAAUAAUGGAACAUCAACCUACACUACAACAACCACAAAUGCAAAUAUACAAAAUACAAUGGCUGAUUCAAAGAUAUGGAUGGCUAAUUCAACAACUGCAUCACCACAUUCACUUAGUCCAAAAGCUUUCAAUUUCGAUGGAAUCAAUCCAUCAAGUACGGCAGAAUCUAGAAAUACAUCUGAAACUCUAAGAGUCUCACCUAUGAUACGCGAAUUUGUGCAGUCGGUCGAUGAUCGAGAGUGGCAGUCAUCGCUAUUUUCAUUACUUCAAAGUCAAACAUAUAACCAGUGCGAGGUUGACUUGUUUGAGCUCAUGUGUAAAGUCUUAGACCAAAAUCUAUUUUCACAAGUCGAUUGGGCCCGAAAUACGAUCUUCUUUAAAGAUUUGAAGGUUGAUGACCAAAUGAAGCUUUUGCAGAAUUCGUGGUCCGAUAUGCUAGUACUUGAUCAUUUACAUCAAAGAUUACACAAUAAUCUGCCUGAUGAAACAACAUUACACAAUGGACAGAAGUUUGAUUUACUAAGUUUAGGACUUCUUGGUGUGCCGUCUUUGAUUGAUCACUUUAAUGAAUUGCAAAAUAAAUUACAAGAGUUAAAAUUCGAUGUUGGCGACUAUAUUUGUAUGAAAUUCUUAUUAUUACUUAAUCCAGCAGAGGUGCGAGGUAUAACUAACCGAAAAACAGUUAUCGAGGGCUAUGAAAGUGUACAAGCAGCAUUAUUAGACUACACCCUUACAUGCUAUCCAUCAGUAACGGAUAAGUUCAGCAAAUUGCUCAGUAUUAUACCUGAAAUUCAUGCUAUAGCAGUGCGUGGUGAAGAACAUCUUUACAUCAAGCAUUGUGCUGGUAGUGCACCGUCACAAACAUUAUUAAUGGAGAUGCUUCAUGCUAAACGAAAAUAA